CACACACAUUCACACGUGUGCUGCCCACCGUUACCAUGGCGGACCUACAGAUGAAGCUUCUCCGCAAGAAAAUCCAGAAGAGAAAUGACAAGAACAAGGAGCGGAAACUACUUAAGAAACAGACAGAAGACGAGGAGACCGUAAACGCAAACGGGCUGGAGGAGAAAUGUGAGGAACCAGCAACUGCUUCUAAGGCAGACAGGGAGCCCAAGAAGAAACAGAAGAAGCAGAAUGGGAUCGCACCAGUGGAUGGGACCACCUCAGAGAAAACUCUUCAGAAGAAGAAAAAGAAAAAACGGAAGCUGACUGACACUGCAGAAUCACCAGCUGAGAAGAAGACCAAAACAGUGAAAGAAGCUGAAGAAGAGGUGGAGGAGGAGGAAGAGGAGGAGGAAGCAGCAGCAACAGAUGAAGAUGGAGAACAGGCUUCUGACAAACCAGAGGAAGCUUCAGAUGAAGAGGAGGAGGACAAACCUGAAGAGGGAGAUGAUGAAGAGGAAGAUCAGCCUGAAUUACCAUCUGGCUUAACAGGGGCAUUUGAGGACACAUCGUUUGCCUCUCUUGCUGAGUUGGUGAGCGAGAACACUCUGAAAGGAGUGAAGGAGAUGGGCUUUGAACACAUGACUGAGAUCCAGCACAAAAGUAUUCGUCCCCUGCUGGAGGGAAGAGAUGUGCUGGCGGCGGCCAAGACAGGCAGCGGUAAAACCUUGGCCUUCCUCAUCCCGUCUAUAGAGCUCAUCUACAAACUCAAGUUCAUGCCCAGGAACGGCACUGGUGUAGUGAUCCUUUCUCCCACGCGUGAGUUGGCUAUGCAGACCUAUGGGGUGCUGAAGGAGCUGAUGACACACCACGUGCACACCUACGGUCUGAUCAUGGGGGGCAGCAACCGCUCGGCCGAGGCCCAAAAACUGGCCAACGGCGUCAACAUCCUGGUGGCCACACCUGGCCGUCUGCUGGACCACCUGCAGAAUACCCCUGGGUUCAUGUUCAAGAACCUGCAGUGUCUCAUUAUUGACGAGGCCGACCGCAUCUUAGAGGUGGGCUUCGAGGAGGAACUGAAGCAGAUCAUCAAACUGCUGCCCAAGAAGAGACAGACCAUGCUGUUUUCAGCCACUCAGACCCGUAAGGUGGAGGACUUGGCUCGCGUAUCCCUGAAGAAGGAGCCUCUCUAUGUCGGGGUGGAUGACAACAAAGACAAAGCUACUGUCGAUGGCCUGGAGCAGGGUUAUGUGGUGUGCCCAUCAGAGAAGCGAUUCCUGCUGCUGUUCACCUUCCUGAAGAAGAACCGUAAGAAGAAGCUGAUGGUCUUCUUCUCUUCCUGUAUGUCAGUGAAAUUCCACUACGAGCUGCUCAACUACAUCGACCUGCCUGUCAUGGCCAUCCACGGCAAGCAGAAGCAGACCAAACGUACCACCACCUUCUUCCAGUUCUGCAACGCCGACUCAGGCAUCCUGCUGUGUACGGACGUAGCAGCUCGAGGACUGGACAUCCCCGAGGUGGACUGGAUCGUCCAGUACGACCCUCCAGAUGACCCCAAGGAGUACAUCCACAGGGUGGGCCGAACAGCCCGAGGCCUCAACGGAAGAGGCCACGCUCUCCUCAUCCUUCGCCCGGAGGAGCUCGGUUUCCUGCGCUUCCUCAAACAGGCCAAGGUCCCGUUGAGCGAGUUUGAGUUUUCCUGGAGCAAAAUCUCUGACAUCCAGUCCCAGCUGGAGAAGCUGAUUGAGAAGAACUACUACCUCCACAAGUCGGCUCAAGAGGCCUACAAGUCCUACGUGAGGGCUUAUGACUCCCACUCGCUCAAACAGAUCUACAGUGUCAACACCCUCAACCUCCCCAUGGUGGCGCUCUCUUUUGGCUUCAAAGUUCCCCCAUUUGUUGACCUGAAUGUCCACAGCAGCAAAGGUGCAAAGCUACAGAAGCGAGGCGGCGGAGGUGGGUUUGGAUACCAGAAGUCCAAGAACGUGCAUAAAUCCAAAAUCUUCAAGCACGUCAACAAAGGAAAGAGUGACAAGAGGCAGUUCUCCCGCUGAACCGCAUCCAGCUCAGUAACUGUCUUCCUGGACUGAUGACUCAACUGUCGUCAAAGAACUGCCCUGUUUUUUUUUCUUUUAUUACAUGAACUUCCUGCUUUGAACAGAAGGCCACGGUCAUGUUUUCCUUCAGUAUGUUGUCUAAAAGUAUUUUGUAAAUUUAAACAAGUUUUAAAGAAGGCUGCAGGACCCUGUGUCCCUCUGCGGACUCUCUGAUCAACAGAUAUACAUUACGUUUGACUCAUUUGUUGACUUUGUAAAUGCUAAUUACAAUGAAAUCACUUGAUAUAAAGCUCACGAGGUGCUGAUGUACUCAUUUUAUAUUGUGCAAGUAUGCUAUCAUCACAUUUAUGGCAGUAUCUAUACAUUCCUGUGGAGCUGCAGAAUUCUUGCUGUGCAUCUUAUAAAACAAAUUACAAAGAAAAGCAACAAGUAGGCAAACAAACAAACAGGAUGCAGGUCAAUUCUGUACACAUUACAAAGUUAAAUGCAUCGUUUCCAGUAAAUCACACAUCUGUUCUCAGUCACCACAAAUGAAUACAGUAACCAAAUGUUCCCUUUAAAUCAUGAAAAAUCUGAUGGACUCAAAACUGAACUUCAUCUUAGUGUCUUCAUUCUGGAUUAAAGUCAGCUUCAGCUGUGCAUGAUGGCUUGGAUCUAAAAGGUUUGUGCUUAAAAAUGAAUAUAAACUUGGAUACACACAGAAUCAAAAUGUACCGUGUUGCUUUGACUUAUCUUUAUGGAUGUGUAUGUGUGGACAGGUGUGAUGAGGGGAUCUCCACAGGCUUAGCACUGACCUCAGCAAUGAAACCUUUAAAAAAAUAUCCCUUCAUAAAAAAUAAAAACAAAUUAAAAACACUAUUCCCCUUUUAAAAAGAAAGCUGCAUGGCUCCCAUAAUCAUGUUCUC